AUGUGUUUCAUAAUCUUUUUCCUUUUCUUUUCUCUUUUCUUUAUGUUUCAUAAUCUUUUUUUCUUUUCUCUUUUUUUUUUUAUGUUUCAUAAUCUUUUUUCCUUUUCUUUUCUCUUUUCUUAUGUGUUUCAUAAUCUUUUUCCUUUUCUUUUCUCUAUUCUUAUGUGUUUCAUAAUCUUUUUCCUUUUCUUUUCUCUAUUCUUAUUGCUAGUCAAGCAUUAUGUCCUGCCUCUCUCUAUAUAUAUAUCUCUCUCUCUAUCUAUCUGUCUCUCUCUCUCUAUCCCUCUCUCUCUCUCUCUCAAGAGGGACUUUUCUCUUCAUAUAAUUUGUGCUUUUAUUGUUCACGCUAAUCGUAAACCCAUGCAAAAUCUCUCUCUCUCUCUUUCUCUUUCUCUUUAUUUCUUCUUCUCUCUCUCUCUCUCUCUCUCUCUCUCUCUCUCUCUUAUAUGGAAAUCUUUUCUUUUUUCCAUCAUCUUUUUUCUUUCCUUUUUUAUUUUGUCUUUUUCAUUCUCCAUUAUUUACUACUUCCCUCUCUUUUUUUCUUCAUCAUUAUGCGUAUAUCUGUUUCACGGCCCCCCUCUUUCUAUCAUCUCCCAUCCAUUAAUUCCUCGCCAUGUUUUUACUCCACGCGCCAGGCACACAUAUUCCUCGCCAUUAUAG